AUGCGUGCCCACUACUGGGAGGAUCGUGCGGAGAGCCCGGGAGCGGGGCUUGGCAACGGUACCCGAGGCUUCCGCGGUACCGGCCCCCCCGGUGACAGCGCUGUCCCCGCAGAGGCGCUGGGGCUGGCCGGUGACAGUGACAGGGACAGUGACAGGGACACGCGGCUGUUCCCGAGGGCCAUCGAGGGGGACGGGGACGGCUUCGAGUUCGCCAUGUUCCUGAGUGUCCCCAAGGGCCACCUGCGCUGCCUGUGCCAGCUCGGGCCCUUCCUCGAGGGACACCCGGGGCUGGCCCACGGCGGUGCCAUCGCCACCCUCAUUGACACCUCCCUGGGGACGCUGGCGCUGGCGGUGGCCGGGCGGGUGGUGACAGCCAACCUCAGCAUCGACUACGUGGCGCCUGUCCCCCUGCGCUCGGUGCUCCUGCUCCAGGCGUUCCUGCAGCGCCGCCAGGGCCGGAAGCUCUUCCUGGGCUGUGACCUGUGGGACGCUGAGGGGACAACGCUGCACGCCAAGGCCACCGGGCUCUUCAUCCAGCAGGACGUCCCCAAGGAGCCAGCACAGGGAGGGGACAGCGCCCGGUGACUGUCACCUGUGUCACCUGUGCCACCUCCUGUGCCACCUGUGUGACCCUCGGUGCCCUCCCUGUCCCCCAGUGCCACCCUGGCUCUCCUUCAGCCAUCCCUGGCUGUCCCCAAAUGUCCCCCAAAGCCAACCCCUCCAUGUCCCCAAGUGUC